GACACGGGGGCGGUGCGAGCUGGCGGGGAGGAAGACGCUGGCUCUGUGGUCGCUGACUCCGGUGCGAUAGCCCCAACCCGCUGGACCCCGCUCGGGGCCACGCGGAGGGAUGGGCAUCCGCCUGCUGCUCGCCGCCACCCUGCUGCUGCUGUGGACCCCGGUGGCAGAGGCCCUGAUGGAGCCGGAGGUCUGCUACAUCCUGGACGCCAUCCUCUUCCUCUACGGCGUCGUCCUCACUGUCCUUUAUUGCCGCCUCAAGCUCCAGGUUCACCAAGCGUCGCGGCAGGGAGCCAGCAAGGAGAAGGAAGAAGCCAUCUACACCGGGCUCAGCAGCGAAGGACAGGAGAUGUACGAAACCCUCCAGAUCAAACAGUCCUGACCCCCUCCUGCUGCUGUGCUGCAGCUGCCCCUCGUCCAUCUCCAGCAGCUGGGGACCCCACCAUGGCCCCCCCGGCCCCCCC